AUGACAACUACUACAACGAAUAAAUCAGAUACAAGAUUUCCUGGUUUACCAAAAAAUAAAACAGGACUUUUUGCUGCUGAUACUAUUCAUGAAGUUAAAUCUACAAGAAAUCAUUUAAUAACUGUUCCAGCAUUAUCACCACAAUUUCGUAAUAAUGCUUCAACAAGUGUAUUAUUAGCAUCAUCAGAACAAAAUCAUCAUCAAUUACAACAAUAUCGUUCAUCAGCAAAUGAAAUUCAACAAUAUUAUCCACUUGAUGGAAAUAAUGCUACAACUAUUGAUUGUUCAAAUGAUUCACGUUUAACAGUAAAUGGUGUAAGAAAUGGUUUUCGACCAUCAACUGUACGUCAUCAAAAAUUACGUUUAACAACAGCUACAGCACAACGAAAUAAUAUUUAUAAUGACAAUAAAGAUUCACCGCCAAAAACACCAUUUAUUCAAUCACAUGCUUCAGCUAAAUUAAAAUCUGAAAUCGAUCAUAUUAGUAGCAAAUUAAGAAAACAUGGAGAAUCAAGUGCAAGUUUUCGUUUUCAAAAUAAUCGAGAUUUGGAUGGUACUCCACAAAGUGAUUUUUCCUAUUCAACAUCAUGUCGUCUUUCUUCUGCAUCAACUACUUUUACAGCUGAUCGUAUUCAUCAACGUUUUUCAUCAGCUAUAACAAAUGUAUCAGCAAAUAUAGGUUCUACAAUGCCUACAAUAAAUGAUACAUCUAAUCAAACAUCACAAAUUAUUUCGGGUAUUACUCCAACAUCACCACCACCAUUAGUUCAUGAAACAGAAAAUAAUAAUAAUAAUCAACAAGAUACAACAGAUUAUCGAACAACUCAUGCUUAUCAAAUUCCACAACAAUCAAAUGUUGGUAGUGAAAGUAUCUUUCUAACUGAUACACCAAUAGUCUCAGCAAUGAAAACACGUUCAGCUAAAAAUGAUUGUCGUCAAAAUGAUUUGAAAUCUGUUUCAUGUCCAUUCUAUGUUAUGUAUUUAACAAAUUUAACAAUACACCAACGACAAAAUAAAACUGAGCAGAAUAAUAAUAAUAAUAAUAAAAAUAAUGCACAUGAUGUAACACCAUUGGGAACGUCAUCAUUAGCACGUAAAGUACCAUUUAAUUCACGUAUAAGUACAGCUCAUAUAAAAAAUCAAUCAAUUCGACGACAAGUAAAUAGUCCAAUUAGUAUGAAUACUUAUUCAACUAUAGAUGAUGAAGAUUAUAUGACAAUUUCAACAUCAUAUCCUAAUAAUAGACGUUUAUCAGCUAAAAUAUCUAGCAAUGAAAAUGAAAAUUCUCAUAUGUUAGGAGAUAUUCUUCGAACUUCAUCAUGGAACCAUGUACAAGUAUAA